AUGACAGCUGGUCCAUUUACCACGCCACCAUUUAGCCCCAUGCAACCGUCUGGGCUUGGCAUUGUUCCGAAGAAAACCGAUCGUCUUCGUGUAAUUCACCAUCUGUCGGCACCGGAAGGGUCCAGCGUUAAUGACGGCAUACCAGCGGACAAGUUCAGCUUGAAGAAUACCCACGUCGACGAUGCAGUUCGUGCCAUCAUGUCAGUGGGCCGCGGCGCCCUAUUGACGAAGCUCGACAUCCGCAACGCGUUCCGGCUCAUUCCAGUCUCUCCUGAUGACUGGCCGCUGUUGGGCAUUCAUUGGCAGAACCAGUACUAUUUCGAGAAGGUGUUACCGUUUGGUCUGCGUUCUAGCCCGUUCAUUUUCAACCAGGUUGCGGAAGCCGUUGAGUGGAUUUUGCGUCACCAGUUCGCCAUUCCGAUCAUCAUGCAUUAUCUGGACGACUACCUCUCUGUCUUUGCACCUUCCUUGUCCCUCGCGUCCAUGCAACGCUCUAUUAUUGAAGAAGCCUUCACAUACCUCGGCGUUCCCCUGGCGUUGGAGAAGCUGUAG